AUGGCGGAAGCUUCUCUCGCCUUCCCGAUGAUUUGCCUCACCCUCUCAUUCCUUUUUGUGGUUGCCGUCUACCAUCCCUCGAUUAUGAGGUACCUCGGCGCCUUCUGCAAUCGCAUUAUCCUGCUCGCGUACCAGCAAAUUGCGCGCAAGCUCCUCAACCGUAAUGCGAUCAACCAAAACCUCAUGCCCGAGGUAGGGUACGAGGCACUCCACCUCGAUACCGAAGAUGAGGAACGAGAAAGUCCGUCACCCCUCGCGACAUCAUCCACCCAAACACCUGACUACUAUCGACACGAUGAAGACCCUGCUCCCGACACAUUCGACAUCCUUCCAGAAAGCGAUAGCGAGACAGAAAUGGGCGCUCUCAGAAGGACCAUCAGCUAUGCUGGAGGCCCAUACCGUCCGCGACGCUGGUCAGCCUUUGCCGAGCUGGCUGCCUUCUCCUCCACCCGCAGCCAUUCACACAGUCCUUCUGGAUCUUUAGUGUCCUCUGACGAGUAUGACUCUGAAUGGUCCAACUCCGCUAUCAACGAGGCUGUCUUCGAGCCACGCAACCGAACCGAUGAGAUCCCCAUCUGGGAAUUCGAACUCGAGCGUCCUGUUUAUAACGUUGAUAGCGAAGAUGAGGAUGGAGGACCGAUGGUCUGGCUAGAUGAGGUUGUCGAGUGGACAUCACAGGGAAUCUUCGCUAGGGUUUCUCCGGAUAUCAUGGAUCGACAGAGAUGA